AUGUCGACGAAGACCGUGCUGGACUUAAUUAUCGACUUCCUCAUUGAGGAAAGGAAGGUCGUUUAUGCCACCGUUGCGUUCUCCAUGGCGGCGCUGUAUGAUCACAUCAUCACGUUGGAUGCCGAAAUCGACCACAUAUGGUUGCGACGUUCAAAGAUCACCCUCGUCCGGGUUCUUUUCUUGAUUAACCGAUAUAUGGGAGAAGUCGCUCUAUUGUACACCGCUGUUUCACUGUUGUACAAUACGGACACUGGCCCCAAUCGCGUAAGUAGAGAGCCAAUGAAGUUCGUAGGAUGGGCAGGAUCUACUGUCUUAUGGUCAAUGCAAGGAAUCAUGGCAUUCCGAAUAUCGAGCAUGUACCACCACAAGAGGGCUAUAAUAGCAACACUUUGCGCUGGUAUCGCCACCGAAAUCAUCACAAUUAUCGUCAUUCUCUCCAUCGCAUUCUCAAACACUUUACCCAGCCCUAUUCCGUCGUUUAUCCCAGUGUGCGGGUUGGAUCAAGCCUCGGGCCUGUACUGGUAUUACUGGAUACCAGUAUUUUUCUUCGAAUGUUUGAUGUUCAGCCUCGCCCUCCGGAAAGCCAUCGAGUACUCGGGGGGCUUCCGCGGAAUCAAGAACUCGGUCAUCUCAGCUAGACAACGUCCAAUAAUUUACGUCCUGUUCCGGGACAGUAUCACGUUCCCCUUCUUGGCUUUGUCACUUUGCACAAUCAACUUCAUCGCCUUUAGAUUCAUCCCGGCUACGGCGAUACAGGCUAGCGUCAUUCUCUCCAUAUUUAUAGCCCGCAUCCUCGGAUGCCGACUGCUUCUCAAUCUGCGAGAGGCAUAUUACGGCGCCUUUGGCGAUGAAUUUGAUGAACGGCCAGCCGUCCCCAUAUUCUUUGCCCAUCAAAACAGUAGAGGAAGGUGA